AUAAGAAUACCGUAUUUGAUGGCUCAUAAGACGCUACUUUUUUCUCAGAAAAAGGGUCAGUAAAUUAGCCUGCGUCCAAUGAGGCAAAGGUCCAACUUUGAGGCAGUAAUAGGUUACAAGUCUACGGCAACAGAGGCUCUAAAUUCAAACCACAGAUGUCUUUGCACAACUAAAUAAAGUCAUGAUUGGUAGUACGCCACAAAAUGCUCUUUCUUUCAAGGUACCAAUGUGUAGUAUCUCAUACUUACUGGUAAUCCACAUAGACUUUGACCAGUCAGGAAGAAUUUGCUUAACCAUGCACCACUUCUUCUUGGAGUUUUGUUGGGGCAGUGUAGGUUGUGAUGUCACAGCCUUUGAUGCCCCAAAGGUGAGGUAUCCAAUUAUAAUAUUAGACUAGAUGUGAUGGAGCUGGUUGGAUUUGUGGAGAAGGUUCUGGCAAGGUGGAGAUGGUGCACCACGUUUUUCAAAACAAACGCGGUCGGUUGCGCUCCGACGUGACGUACUCGGUGACACCGAGUGUGACGCCGUUACUGAUUGAGGUAAGACAAUAGCCACACUUUCAUACAAUUAAAAUUGAACCUAUCUUUUUAACAUUCUUGCUUUGCAUACAUAUGAAAAAGAUUGAAGCUAGAGAAACUUUUCUUUUAUGAAAAUAGACUAAUACACCUUGAGAACGAAUAUUUCUUCUAUAAAGGAAUUGAGUGUCAUGGGAUAGGCUGGCUUGAGGUGAUGAUCUGCAUAAUAUUCAUGUAAUAGCUUAUGCUUUUACACAUCCUUUGGCUUUGAAAAUGUACUAAAAUACUGCAUAAGAAUUACAUGUGAAAGAUGCUAAAAAAUAAAGUAUGAAAAAAUUUUAUUAUCACUGUAGUCCCUCAGUUAAUGGUGCCGCCAAGAGCUAGGUGCAGUUAAUGUUUACAUUUAGCUGAACCGCAUUAAGACUGAAACUCCCCUGCUUACCACACCUUUUGGGCACUAGAGGCUGUGACAUCACAGUCUGCAUGGCCCCAACUAAAAUACCAAUAAGAAGAUUGUGUUUACACGUCAGCAGGAUUGGUACAAUCUUGUCUUUCAAUACCCUCAACCGAACCAUUACGUUCUGGCUUUCAAGGCCCGCAACCUUACCAAGAUUUGACUCCAGAAAUCCAACCAGCUCCACUGUAUCUAGUCUGAAACACUACCUGUAUACCACACCUUUGGGACGCCAGGCUGUGAUGUCACGGCCAUCACAGCCUCAACAAAACCCCAAAAAGAACAAGUAAGCUGCUAGCAUAAAUUAAACUUUUAAAUGCUGAGUAUUGGUAUCUAAUAGUGAUCUAAAUGCACGUGAGAGUCUUCAAAUGUCGCUUGAAUUCCUUGACUUCAUAUCGAUAGCCUAAAUCUGUUAAUUUUUGUUUUUUUCUAUUUCAAUACAUGCCAGAACUGGGUGCGUCUUAUGAGCCCGUGCGUCUUAUGAGCCAUCAAAUACGGACUGGUGGUGUAUCCCUCACAUCUGGUCAUCAAGGAGUACCCCAUGGUCAAGUCCUUGCACACCGAUCUGUUCUGAUGGAAGCAGUUGGAGGGUGUGGAGGAUGUGCACAAGGAUGGCCAAGGAAGUCCUUCUCAAAUACCCAGAGAUCCUCCAUGCCGCCCACCCCUUCUUCCUCUCCCUCAAGUUUGUGGGUGCUGGUGGCUCUCUCCUGGAUGGAGCAGUUUUUGUGGAUCUAUUUACCCAAGAACAACUUGUCAACAAUUCCUGUAGAUGUCGUCAUCAGUGAGGUCAGUGUUAGAUACCAACUUGCUGCUCAGGUGUCUGUUGUACCUGCUGGCUGGCAUCUCCACUUUGUCUCUCCUGGUAACCAAGUCUGUAUGUGCUUGGUGGUGUAUCCUGAAAAUUUAAAGAUCCAGGAGAACUCUGUCACCAAGAACCUGCAAAUGAAUGUCAUUGGGUGGCUGAUGGCAGCUCCUCAAGUGAACCCAGAGAUCACUGGGCUAAUAAAGUACAGUAUGAUGGGUGCCUUGGAGAAGCUGUGCCUUGAGUUGAAGGCUGCAGUCACCUUCAGAAAAGAGCAAAGCUGCAACAAGUCAUCCAAGUACUUUGUCAAGAAGGUUUAUGUUGAAGGCAACCUCCUGCACUGCUCUCAGGAGAACAGUGGGACUCAUGGAUGCCUCCAAGACCCACAGAGGAUUGGAAGGCAUAAAUUCAAUCUUGGAUAACUAUUGACAUUUAAAACUGGUGACUCCACUUGUCAGAUUGUAGGUGGGAAAGUUUAAAGGGUUGAUUGAUGGGAACAUUGUUGAUCUUAAUUUUUUUUUGGUAAAGUACUGUAAAUCACAUGCAUGUGAAGUUUCAAAUGGAUGAAAUAGCAUGAAUGGUAUUGUAGUUGAAUUGUUCUUUGUAGCUGGAAAAAAAAUUAGGGUUGAUUAAUGGGGAAACUAUUGUUCAAAAUCCUUUUAUUGUAAACUAGAUCAUGUACAUAGUUGUGAAUUUUUUUUUUGGAAUGAAAUAGCAUGAAUGAUAUUGUAGUUGUUUGUGUUGUACUAUGGGUAAACCAUUGGAAAAAAUGUAGUAGUUGUGAACAAAAUUGGAUUAACUAAACAUCCCUGAGGUUGUAGUUGCGAAAUUUUGGUGUAAAUUAAUGUAAACAAUGAAAUAGUUACUUAAUCAUUAAAGUUUUAAUCUUAUAUUAGGAGUCAUUGGAAAUUAGCUAAAAUAAACACCCUUAUAUCAUCUUAACCCUAUAAUGACUAACCAACUUUCCUCUCAAAUCAUGGCAUAGUUUUAACACAAGUAAACAGUGCACAGCUUUGCCAAAUGUUCUCAUAAAUCUGUGUUGGAAAUAUAGUCUUCAUCAAGCAUUAUUGUUGUGUGAGUUAUCAUUGCUGUCAUGUGUUGUUUUAAGGAGACACUGAUUUUGCAGUUUUUUUUUUUUUUUUUUUUUCCUACAC